CAGCCGUAGUGCUGUGCCUGGAUGUGGGCUUUACAAUGAGCAAUUCUGCCUCUGGUGAGGAGUCUUCACUUGAACAAGCCAAGAAGGUUAUGACAAAGUUUGUGCAGCGACAGAUUUUUGCUGAGAGUAAAGAUGAAGUUGCUGUAGUGUUGUUUGGCACAGAUGGUACUAGGAAUGACCUCGCCAGUGGGGAUCAAUACCAAAACAUUACUGUACAUAGGUCACUAAUGCUACCAGAUUUUGAUCUGCUGGAAGAUAUUCAAGAUGUGAUUAAACCAGACUCUGAACAAGCAGACUUUCUGGAUGCAAUUAUUGUGUGUAUGGACUUGCUUCAGAAGGAAACAAUAGGAAAGAGAUAUGAGAAGAGACACAUUGAACUGUUUACAGACCUUAGUAGUCCUGUCAGUGAGGAUCAGCUGGAAAUUAUCAUUGCUAACUUGAAGAAAACAGGAAUUUCACUUCAGUUUUUUCUGCCAUUUCCAGUGGAUGUUGAUGAUGGAGGUGGAGAUACAAAUGCCAGUGUACAUUCUCAAAUGCACAGAAACUCUUUUCCGAGAAAGGGUUUAACUGAGCAACAGAAGGAAGGCAUUGAUGUGGUGAGGAAACUGAUGCAUACUUUGGACGAAGAAGGGGGGCUGGAAGAAAUUUAUACGUUCAGAGAGAGCCUGGAGCGUCUUUCCAUGUUUAAGAAAAUAGAAAGAAGACCUAUGGCUUGGCCCUGCCAGCUCACUAUUGGUUCUAAUUUGUCUAUAAGGAUUGUGGCCUACAAAUCAGUCACAGAAGAGAAGGUAAAAAAAAUGUGGACAGUUGUGGAUGCUAAAACCCUCAGAAAAGAUGAUGUGCAAAAAGAAACUGUUUACUGCUUGAAUGAUGAUGACGAGACAGAGGUUCAGAGAGAUGAUACUAUUCAAGGGUUUCGCUAUGGGAGUGAUAUAGUUCCUUUUUCCAAGGAAGAUGAAGAGCAAAUGAAAUACAAAACAGAAGCAAAAUGUUUUUCUGUUUUGGGAUUCAGCAGAUCCUCUCAGAUCCAGAGGCAUUACUACAUGGGCAACCAGGUUCUGAAGGUCUUUGCAGCGAAAGAUGAUGAGAAUGCAGCAGUUGCUUUUUCCGCCCUUGUUCAUGCAUUGGAUGAGUUGAAAGUGGUAGCUAUAGUGCGUUACGUUUAUGAUAGAAGAUGCAACCCGCAAAUUGGGGUAGCUUUUCCAUAUAUUAAGGAUGCAUACGAGUGUCUCAUCUAUGUGCAACUACCCUACAUGGAAGACUUAAGACAGUACAUAUUUUCAUCCUUGAAAAACAAUAAAAAAUGCAUUCCUACAGCGGAUCAGUUAUCUGCUGUCGACUCUUUGAUUGAUUCUAUGAAUUUGAUUUAUGAAGAUGAUGAUGGAGAAACUUUUGAAGACCUGUUUAAGCCCAGCAAAAUCUCAAACCCUCAUUUUCAGAGGUUAUAUCAGUGUUUGCAGCAUAAGGCUUUUCACCCCAAUGAGCCAUUGCCACCAGUUGAACAGCACAUUUUAGAGAUGCUGGAGGUGCCCCGUGUGGUAAAAGAAAGGUGUCAGGCUCCUCUUGAAAAAGUAAAAGCACUUUUCCCUCUAAAGGAAGUUGGCAAGAAAAAGGAAGAGAAGACUGCCCAAGACAUCUUCAAAGACAACAGUGAAGAUGGACCCAACCCUAAGAAACCAAAAAUUGAUGAUGAGGAAGGUAGCUUUAGCAUCAUAAAACUUGCUGAAGGCAAUGUCACCUCUGUUGGCAGUGUUAACCCAGCAGAAGAUUUCAGAAUUCUAGUGAGGCAGAAAAAUGCUGACUUCAAAGACGUGAGUCAGCAGUUGAUAAACCGCAUUGAUCAGUUCCUGGAAAAUAAAGAUUCACAGUACUACAUGAAAGGGAUCAGUUGUAUCAGUGUUUUCAGAGAGGAGGCCAUUAAGCUGUCCAAGGUGCAGUGCUUUAAUGAUUUUCUGCAGGCCCUGAAAUCAAAGGUGGAAGAUAAAGCCUUAGCUGAUUUCUGGGAGAUCAUGAUACAAGACAGAAUUUCUUUGAUCACUAAAGAUGAAGCAGAGGGAAGUUUGGUGACUAGUGAAGAGGCUGAAAAGUUCUUGGCUUCGAAAGAAAAGAAAAAUGAAACUCUGCCUCCCACAGAUGAAGGUGGUGAUGUUGAUGAUUUGCUGGACAUGAUGUGACUGGGUGAUAUAUGGUGACUACACAAGCAAAGUUUUGGAAGAGAUCUCCCUGUGAGAUGGGGCACAAAACAGGAUGCUUAUGAGAAGGCAGUAUAUUCAUCUUCAUUUUCCUGAAUGAGAGCAGAAGUCCCAGAGACAUUUCCAGUUUGUAUAAAUGUCAUCUGACUUUUCAAAACUAGAACAGAAGAUUGAA